AUGAGUAGUAUCAGCCACCUUUUCUGUGGGAGAUCUGAAGCCCUAGAGUUUGGAAGCAGCCAACAGUCAAAGAUUGCACGCAGACUUGAAGACUAUCGAAAUCGUCCAGCUAUAGAACCAAACUUUGAAGAACUGGAUAGCUCAGUGUCUGAUUUUUGUAAAGCUGCUUUCAAAGUUUUAGAAACCAACCCUCUUACACGACUGAUAUGGAAAAACAUUCUUAAAUCUGUUUUAUUAGGUGUCAUACCUUAUACACCUGAUACACCCAUAGUGCGUAAAAUAAUCUUAAAGGCAAGUGAAAGCUUUGAAAGUUUAAGAAUAUUCAUGAGAAGGUGUGCUGAUGUUGCUAACAAUCCUAGAGAAUUAUUAAGAAAUUUAAGGAACCUUAGUAAAGUCAUUACACUGUUUUGUACAAAUGCUAGUCCACAACUUUUGACCCCUGUGUUUGAUCGGGUGAAUACAUCUGAUGUUACUGAUUUGUGCAAAACUGAUUAUGCAAAAUUCUUUCAAACUCAAGAGCAAAGUCCAGAAAAUGCGUCAGAAUAUCAUUGGGAGAAAAGCCUGAACUCUACAUUGCAUAUGAUGAGAGCCUUUAGUAAAUAUUCAAAGUGUUUUAACUUUGAUAAGUUUGUGCCAUAUCCAAAUGAAUCAGCAUUAGUAAAAGACAGUAUACUUUUUGUAGAGAAUACAACAUUAUUAGGUGCCUUAGUAUUUGACAUGAAAGGAGAAACAGAAAAAUUACCAACACAUGUCAUUUAUAAGAUAAGAAUGGAUGCUGACAAAGUUGACAGUACCCACAGAAUUCGAGACAGAUGGUGGACUCCUGGUCCCAGAGCUCGUACCUUACCAGACAUGAAAUAUCUCACCUUUGGUUUUAUUUAUCUUCAAGAUAUGAUUGACAAUGCAAUCAUUAGAGAACAGACAGGACAAGACAGCAUCACUGGAAUUUUCACUCAACAAUUCCCUUAUCCAUGUUACCUGCAAGAUAAAUUUACUAAGACCAUAUCAAAAAGCCUUCCUUUGUUUAUGGUUUUGGCUUGGAUAUUCUCUGUUGCCAUGAUUGUGAAGAGCAUUGUGUAUGAGAAAGAAAAACGUUUAAAGGAAGUUAUGAAAAUAAUGGGACUUGGCAAUGGUGUGCAUUGGCUAGCUUGGUUUUGUGAUGCUUUCCUUAUUAUGACACUUUCUGUUAUAUUGUUAGUUAUGACCUUAAAGCUUGGUCAUGUAUUGGAUCGAUCAAAUGCUGGUUUGCUAUUUCUUUUCAUGGUUUGUUUCUCCAUUGCUACAAUUUCCCUGUGUUUCCUUAUUAGUGUAUUUUUUUCCCGUGCCAACUUAGCAGCAAUAUGUGGAGGGUUUAUUUAUUAUAUCCUCUAUCUUCCUUACAAUGUGUGUAUUCAAUGGGAGGAUUACAUGAGUACAUCACUAAAGAGAUUCUCAUGUUUAUCAUCAAAUGUUGCCUUUGGAUAUGGAUGUAGCUACAUUGCCAGAUAUGAAGAACAAGCUAUUGGGUUGCAGUGGUCCAAUUUGAACUCUAGUCCCUUGCCUGAUGAUGGCUUUAGCAUGCUGCAAUGUAUGAUGCUCAUGCUAGUUGAUAGCCUCAUUUAUUUAAUACUUGCUUGGUAUAUUGAAGCUGUGUUUCCAGGCAUGUAUGGAAUUCCUAGAAAAUGGUAUUUCCCCUUCCAGAAAUCUUAUUGGUUUAGUCAACAAGUGAAUCAAGAACUAAUUCAGCAAAAUGUAAACAUCAACAAUGAAAUAAUUGAACUUGCUAAUGAAGAUUCUGAAAAAUUUGAAAAAGUUCCAUCACAUUCUAAAAUUGGUGUUUCAAUCAAAAAUUUGAGGAAAGUUUAUAAAAAAACUAACAAAAUUGCUGUGGAUGGCUUGAAUUUAAACUUUUAUGAAGGGCAAAUUACAGCUUUUCUUGGACACAAUGGUGCAGGAAAAACAACAACAAUGUCCAUUCUGACUGGACUUUUCCCACCUACUGAUGGCACUGCAAUCAUUUAUGGCAAAGAUAUACGUUGGAAUAUCGAUGAGAUUAGAAAAAGUUUAGCUAUGUGUCCUCAGUACAAUGUGCUUUUUGAAUACUUAACAGUUGAAGAACAUUUGUGGUUCUAUGCAAAACUUAAAGGAGCUCAAUCAAAAUGUCUUUCAUCAGAAAUUGAUAAAAUGAUCGCUGAUGUUGACCUUGUACAUAAAAGAAAAGAACUCAGUACUAACCUGUCAGGAGGAAUGAAGAGGAAACUGUCAGUUGCCAUAUCUUUUAUUGGUGGAUCAAAAACUGUCAUUCUUGAUGAACCAACUGCUGGGGUUGACCCUCAUGCAAGAAGAGCAAUUUGGGAAAUACUGCUCAAAUUCAGACAAGGUCGAACCAUAAUCUUAACAACCCACCACAUGGAUGAAGCAGAUGUUCUGGGAGACCGAAUUGCAAUAAUUUCUAAUGGAAAAUUGCAGUGUUGUGGUUCUAGCUUGUUUCUCAAGAACUAUUAUGGCAGUGGAUAUUAUCUGACUUUAGUGAAGACAGAAGUUGAUGGAAAUGCAAAACAGGCUACUAAGAUUAAAAAACAGGAAUUUUCAAAUUCAAGCAACAGUGCAUCUUUGAAAAGUGCUUCAUCCAAAAGAGUUGACUCUGCAAAUACAUUAAAUGAGGUUACUUUACCAACUGAAGCAGAAGAUGAAGGAUUCACAGAACAGUCAGAUCACAGUGACCGUGAUAACAUCUCCAAAUGUUCUUCUCCAUGCUGUGAAGAUGUAUCCAAUGAAACAAAUUUCUCUCAAGAACGAUUGCUUACUUUUCUCAGAAAGUAUGUCCCCAAUUCUAGGCUUGUUGAUGAAAUAGGUUCAGAGUUGUGCUAUCAACUCAUUUAUGAUAAAGAAGCCAAUUUUGAAGAUUUGUUCUCUGAUUUAGAAAAAUGCCACGCAGAAAUGGGAAUUUCUACAUAUGGUAUCUCUGAUACAACUUUGGAGGAGGUUUUCCUAAGAGUUACAGAUGAAUGUCUGGACAACAAUGAUGAAUUUACCAGAAAAAAAUUAGAGGAAAAUUAUGAAAAAGGCCGGUUACCUCGUCCACUGAGUCGAUUAAGCUUCCGUAAAAACAGAAAUUCAUUUUUCUCAUUUGCUGAUGAUGAUAAAGUGAAGUUGGAUCAACCGUUAGGACAAAAUCAGGAUGUAUUUCAAGGUGAAGCUUCUUACAAACUAGUUGGCUGGAGAUUAACUUUGCACCAGUUUCUUGCACUUAUUAUUAAAAGAUUUCAUCAUCAGCGAAGAAACAAAAAAGGAUUUCUUUGUGAGAUCAUUCUUCCAGCUGCAUUUAUAUUACUUGCUAUGACGAUUGCCUUAAUUUAUCCUUCAUAUGACUCUGAACCGCCAUUAGAACUCCAUCCUUGGCACUAUGUGCCUCGAGAAAAUGAUCGCCAUCUCUACACCUUUUACAGCAAUGAUAAUCCUUACAACAAUAUUACACAGAAAUUUGAAGAAAUUCUUCUCUCUCGGUGUGGUUUGGGUAAUAGAUGUUUGAAUACCAGUGUUUACACUAUCAAAAACUUCCCAUGUGAACAAUUGCAUAGUAAAUGGAAAAAAUUUGGUCCAUUACCUAAAAACUUAUCUCACUGUUCAUGUGAAACUGGUGUACAAGUUUGUCCUGAUGGUGCUGUUGGACCUUCCCCACCUAUGCUUACUGUUUCUACUGCCGAUAUCAUAUACAAUAUGACAGGACAAAAUAUCAGUGAUUGGCUUCUUAAGACCAAUAUGCAGUUUUUCAAAAAGCGAUAUGGUGGUCUCAGCUUUGGUGAAUUAAAUCCUGUAGCUCGCUUAAAUCGAACUCAGAUGUCAAAAUUAAUGAACAGACUUUCACAUGCUGCCUUUAACCGACCAGCUAAUAUAACUUCAUUUUGGACAGAUUUAGAAAGUGUUGUUGGUAGUUUAAUCACUAGAAAUAUUGCAAAGGUUUGGUUUAACAAUAAAGGUUGGGCUGCAAUUGUAAUAUACUUGAAUGUAAUGAAUAACAUUAUUCUACGGAGUUACCUCCCUUCAGAAGCUAAUCCCUCCAACUAUGGUAUUACUACAAUCAAUCAUCCAAUGGCUUUAACAAAGAAGCAGUUAAAUGAAGAAAACGUAGUUGCAAAUGUCGUUGAUGUAUUGAUAGCAAUUUGUGUAAUGUUUGCAUUGUCCUUUGUGCCAGCCAGUUUCACUUUAUUCCUAAUUGAAGAACGAGUAACAAAUGCUAAACACUUACAGUUUGUCAGUGGAAUCACUGCUUUAGUAUAUUGGAUAGCAACAAUUUUAUGGGAUCUUGUGAAUUACUGUAUUCCAGCCAUUUUGUGCGUCUUGAUUUUCCUAGCCUUCAAUGAAAAGGCAUACGUUUCCAGUACUAAUUUACCUUGCUUAAUAGCAUUGCUCUUUCUGUAUGGGUGGGCCAUUAUUCCUAUGAUGUAUCCAUUUGCACGUUUGUUUGACAUUCCAAGUACAGCAUUUGUAUCACUGUCUUGUGCUAAUGUAUUUCUUGGCACUGUAUCUACAUUGGCUACUUUUAUCUUGGAAAUGCUGCAAACUGAUGAUCAGGAACUGAAACAUAUAAAUGAUAUUUUGAAGAAGGUAUUUCUAUUGCUGCCCCAAUAUUGUUUUGGAAGAGGCCUUGUACAAAUGGCUCAGGAUCAAUUGCUGUCUGAUGUUAGUUCUAAAUUUGGUGAGAAAUGGUAUAUGAAUCCAUUUACAUGGGAUAAAGUUGGAAGAAAUCUCUUUUCUCUCUUCAUGUUGGGUGUUUUCUUUUUCAUGUUGAAUCUCAUGAUAGAAUUCUCCUUCUUUAAAAAGUUUAGGAAGACUAAACCUUUCAAAGAGCAAUAUACUGAAGAUGAUGUGGAUGUUUUCCAUGAACGUCAAAGAAUACUUAAUGGACAGUCUACAAAUGAUGUUUUGCAAAUGAAAAACUUGACCAAAGUUUACAGAGGUUAUGGCAAGAAAGCACUUCUUGCCGUUGAUCAUUUGUGUGUGGGUGUUGGCAAAGGACAGUGUUUUGGCUUGCUUGGAGUCAAUGGAGCUGGGAAAACUACAACCUUCAAGAUGCUAACAGGAGAAAUUGCUGCUACAGCUGGAGAUUCUUUUAUCAAUGGUUUUAGUAUUAAAAGAAAUCUGCAUCAAGCUCUACAAAACAUUGGCUAUUGUCCUCAAUUUGAUGCUCUUGAUUCUUUGCUCACUGGGCAAGAACAUUUGGAACUUUAUGCUCGACUUCAUGGUGUACCUGAAAAAGAAGUCAAAAAAGUGGCAAACUGGGCAGUUAAUAAACUGGAUCUUGCUAAAUAUGCAGACAAACCUUCAGAAACUUAUUCUGGAGGAAAUAAACGAAAAUUAUCAACUGCAAUUUCUCUUAUUGGAAAUCCAGCUAUCAUUUUCUUGGAUGAACCAACUUCUGGUAUGGACCCCAAAGCACGCAGAUUUCUGUGGGAUUGUAUAAAUAAUAUUGUUAAAGAUGGUCGAUCAGUUAUACUCACUUCACACAGUAUGGAAGAAUGUGAAGCUUUAUGUAGCAGAAUUGCUAUUAUGGUUAAUGGAAAAUUUCAAUGUCUUGGAAGUAUUCAACAUUUAAAAAAUAGGUUUGGUGAUGGUUAUGUGUUAUCCAUAAGAAUGCCUGGCCAGAAUCCUGAUAUGGUUCCAGUUAUGAAGUAUGUUUCUGAACAUUUCCCGCAAGCAGCUUUGAAAGAGAAACACUUCAAUAUUCUACAUUAUCAACUUGGUGUGAAAGAAAAUUUUUUGUCCAAGAUUUUCUUAAGUAUGGAAAAUGCUAAAUCAUUAUUAAAUAUUGAAGAUUAUUCAGUAACACAGACAACAUUGGAUCAGGUGUUCAUAAAUUUUGCAAAUAAUCAAACCGACUUAUUGGAUACAGAAGUUGAUGUUCCUGCAGAAUUAACUUAUGCUACUCAGAAAUUUGAACACUCACAACAAGAACUGCAAGUAAAUGGACAGUCUCCAUCAUUGUCCCAUAAAACUCUUGACAUCAGUUUUGAUGAUAGUGUGAGCAGAACUGGAAGCACAGUGGGAUUGGUUCUUGAGAAAAACCCAAGAAAGCAGCAAAUAUUGACCAGUCACUCAAAUGAUCAGCCUCAAGAAAGAGGUGCAGGCAGCAGAGAUAGACAGACUACCGUCAACGUAGAUAGGCUGCAGCCUUAUCAUAUCGAUGUCUGA